AUGCUCUCUGCGAAUAAAGAGCCUCGUAGGACUCCGGUUACUCAAAUUGCGCCGAGGCCAACUUCGGUGAGGUGCGAUUCAACAAAUUUCGGCUCUAUGCAAGGUGGAACUGCUACAGAAGCCUCAGUGCAGGGGAGUCCAAAGAUUCAACAGCAACUGGCAGCGAGGAAAUUGGUGUGGUCACCGGAAUUUGAGUUUGAUAAAGAAAUUUUACAAACAAUUCCUUUAUGGGUCAGGUAUCCAAAAUUGCCGUUAAGUUGUUGGAAUCCUGAAUCAUUAAGCCAAAUUAGUAGUGUGUUAGGAAAUCCAUUGUUUGCAGAUGAAUGCACCAACAAGGUGGAGAGGAUUUCUUUUGCUCGGGUACUUGUGGAGAUCGAUAUUACUAGAGAGUUGCCUAAGAAGAUAACAGUAUUGGACCUUAAGGGUCGUACAUUUGCACAGAGGGUGGACUAUGAUUGGGAGCCCUUAUAUUGUUCUCAAUACUUAAUGGUGGGGCAUAAGUGUCCAAAUAAUGAGGUUGCUCAGCCUAAACCAACCAAACAUAAGGCUGCCAAAAUGAAGCAGAUAUGGCAGAAUAAGGAUAGAGCAGAUGAAACUGAAGAUAGUGGUUCUAUAUUGGUCCCGAAAGAGACUAAUAGAUCUACAGAGGUGGUUACUCCAAAGAUAAAUCCUCCUGUUCGAGUAGACACUAAUGAGCAACAGGAGAAGUCCGCUAAUACUGUCCCGGCUGAUGAGGGUCCAUGGCAAGUAGUUAAGCACAAGUCUGGGACUAAAAAUACUUAG